AUGGGACAUAGACAUCAGUUCAGCACAUCUCAUGUUUUUGAGGGUGAAAAUGAUCAGAAUUGGAAUCAUAUGAACACGGAGCAACCUUUUGGGCAUUUGGCAGCCAGGGCUGGCACUGGAGAGAACGGUUCUUUCUUAUAUCCUGUGGAAAAUAUGUUUAUAGACGGGAUGCCUUUUGCGUCAAAUUGGAAUCCAGCUCUGAGUUAUGACCGGAGGGCAUUCCAUGGUGUUGAGGGUGGUUUUGUCGAUCUCACAAUGAGCAAUGGAAGAGGGCCUCACAAGCGAAAAAGCCCAGGGAUCCCUCCAGUAUCUGAGAGAGGCAGCACAAGCAGAUACUAUAGUGCUGGAAGUAGUUCCUCUGAGCUCCCUAGAUCUUCAGAAUUACAGCAGGAGAAAGUAAACAUGGAUACCCCAUACAUGCCUUGGGAUCACAUGUCUAUGAUGCCCAGUUAUAGAGGGAAUGGACUCUCAAUUAGGGGUGAGGGAUCCAUGCGAAAUGUGAGAAGCCGGUCUGAACAUGAUUUGGAGUCCAACUUAGCUAGGACACAUUUGUCGAGCAAUCCUUUACAUAGUUCUUAUUCUACAAAUCUACCCCCAAUUGACCAUUCUAGUACGAUGGAUCUUUCUGGCCAGGGUUCUAUUGGUUUGACCCAUGAGUGGAAUCAUAUUAACGUGUCUCCUUCUCAUGGAAGGAUUAUAACUCCAGAUGCAAGUGGUUUCAGUCAUGAUCCCAACCACUUCCUUGUAGGAAGCAGUGUGGGUAAUGCUUCUGUGGAAACAGGGUUAUACCAUCAUGAUUUCAUGUCAAGCAGAGCCACUGCUGUUCCUCAAAGUUAUCCUGGUGCCUUACCGCAAUCUGUAAGGGGAGUUCGUAGUAGCUAUUCUCAAAGAUCUGCCCCAACCUUCAGGGCUUCUUCAAGCAACUUGCGAGUGGGACAUGCACCACAUUCAGAAGAAGGAUUGCAGUUGGCGUCUGAAAGUUAUCCUAGACAUCCUAGGCCAGUGGCCACAGUUGGGUGGCGUAACAGUGAUAGGAGUGGCAGGUCGAGGAUGUCUAAUGAAAGAUUUCGGGUCGCUGAAGAGACUGGUCUCCAGGAUCGGUUUUCGUCUGAGGGUUUUAUGAUUGUGGAUCGCCCAGCCUUGUAUGGGUCCAGAAAUAUGUUUGAUCAUCAUAGAGACAUGAGGCUGGACAUAGACAACAUGAGUUACGAGGAACUCCUAGCACUGGGUGAAAGGAUUGGGAAUGUCAGCACAGGCGUGUCUGAAGAUUUGAUACCAAAGUGUUUGACAGAAACGAUCUAUUGUUCAUCAGAUCAAAUCCAAGAGGAAGGCACAUGUGUGAUCUGCCUGGAAGAGUACAAGGACAGGGAUGAUGUCGGGGCAUUGAAAACUUGCGGCCAUGAUUACCAUGUGAGCUGCAUCAAAAAGUGGCUGUCAAUGAAAAACUCUUGUCCAAUCUGCAAAGGUUGUGCUCUCCCUGAUAAUAUGAAGUAG